AUGCAACCAAGGCUUUCCGUUGUUGGAUGGAUGGCAAUCAUCCUCCUCUUCCAUGUAUUCAUAUUAUUGGCAAAUGCCUCUGAAACUCCGAAAGCUUCUACUUUAUAUAAACCUCUUCGGGAUGUUCUUCAAAUCAAUUCCCGAGCUGAGAAUGGAAGUUUGGUACUCAUGUUAUCCUCUCUGGAUGAUUUUUUAUCGAGCUUGCAAAGUAAUCAAACGAGAAUGGUUUAUCAUGAUGCGAAUCAUCAUGCUCUUUCUUAUUAUCAUUCCAUAUUAUCAGAUAUGGAUUUAUUAAUUUAUUUUCAUACAACGGAUGAUGUGUGUGCUAGAGAAUAUUCUCUGCAAGCAUUAUCAACGCUUGAUUCCAUUGUUCAUACUGUGGAAAAAGUGAGAGCAAGUUUUGGAAAGAAUUUUGAUACUCCCGAUGAGAAAUUAUUUGUGGUGAAAGGAACCAAAACCGAAGAGUCAAGUGGACAACAAUUGAGUGUUUCACAUGACGUGAAUUUACGAGUGGCUCAAUUGAAUUGUCUCUCUUCCGAAUAUAAUGGAAUGUUGUGUGAUAAAUUAUUGGGUGGAUCUUGGUGGAGAGAAGAAUCGUGUGACACGUAUGACUUGCCAAGCUUUUUUGAAAUGUCACUCGGAAUGAAAACUGCGUUACCACCGCACAGACAAAAGCUCAUGAAGGACUUUUUAAUGGAGAGGCUACGAUUUUUUAAUUCGAAAAAGAGAGUUGAAUUUUCAGACACUUCCAAAGAGAGAGUGUUGCUUCGUGUGAAUAAGAUGCAUCUCUUGGGACAAGAUGUACCCAACGUCAAGAUUGCUAUUCAACACGAUGCCUCUCAAGAAGAAAUUUUAAAUGACUCUGUCGAAUAUAUUCGAAAGGGAGAAGAAGUGUCGAAGGGCAGUAGCAGUAAUAACGAUGCCAAAGAUGAAAUUUUACAAUUUUUACAUUCCAAAUAUUACUUUGAUGAGAAUAAUCGUAAAGUUGGAGAAAUGCUUUUGAAGAGAAGUUUCCCAAGACCCUAUCUCUUCUAUGAAGAGUGUGACUUUACUCAAUUGUAUGCAGAGGGAAAUCCAUCCAAGAAAGUAAGACCUAUCAAUUUCUUCUUACUUCACAAGGGACCAUCUCACUUUGAUUUCCCAAGAACCAUGAUUAAUGCAUUUUUACAAACCUCAGUUGCCCUGAUUGAGGAGCAAUCCAUUGGAAUGAUCUACAUGUGUUCAGGAGAGGUCAUUAAAGCAUUCGAAGCGACCAGAGACAUUAAUGGAAAGGGUAAUUUUGGAACCAUUAUCACACACAACUUUAUAUAUGGCAAGAGACAAUCUGAAAUUGUCGAUCGAGGUCUCUUACUCUUUUACAACCCAUAUGUGAAAAAUAAGAAUUCUACCCGUGCCUUGACUCUUCAUCGAGGCGAACCCUACGAUGCUCAAUUUGUGUUAGCAGAUGCUAACAAUGUGCUAAAGCAUAUCAAUGUCAUGCUUCGACAAGGAAAGGCUCUCAAUAGUUAUGCAGAUUGGAGAGAUACUGCCUUCUUCAUGUUCAGAGGAAUGACUUCAUUGAGCGAAGUAAUUUUAAAGAUGGUUCGAGAUUGGAUGAUCAAUACUCCAGAACAUGCUAAACAUGAACUGAGUAUCGAAAAGAAUAUCACUCCAUAUGUUGAACUUGUAAAGCAAGUUCUUCAAAAUUCUACAGUAUUGAGAGAGGAAAAAUUGAAAACUGCUCUUCCUCCUUCUCAAUUUCCAGACGAUGAUAUUGAAUAUGGAGACAAAAUGUUGGAAACUUGUCAUGUCAUGUUGGACUAUUUGAAUGAAAUGAUUCAACAUUUUUCCAAUGACAAGCAAAUGACAGUCAUUCAAAAACAACAUGUUUGGGAUUAUAUCGAUGGAACCAUUUCCUCACUUCAAAAACAAAUCACACAAGUGCGAGAGGAGAGAGGCGAUGACUGUGGAGCGGAAUGUCAGGACUUGUAUGUGAAAUUAUUUGUGGCCAAUUCGUUUAAGGUCAUUGAGGCUCAACAAAAAAGUGCUUAA